AUGGAAGAAGCUACUACGAGUUCGACACCCUCGAAAAACCCCUCAUACUCUGACCGUGACUUUAGAAUAAGUAAGGAGAACCUGUUUAUGGUUAUUGCCAAGCACAUGGAAGAGUUUCCGGUCAAACGAUUGGAUAUUGGUAAAUAUGAAAGAGUUGGAGCUGUACUUGUGUUGCCUAAUGACAUGAUUCAUGCUGUUGAUUGUUCUCGCAAUGGCGUGCACGGCGUGGCACGACUGUUAAUGGCACACCAAGAUAACCUUAAAGAUUGCAAAGUUUUCGUAUCUAGAAAACCAUGUUCCCUGUGCACGAAGCUACUGGUGCAGUCUAAAGUGAAGAGGGUCUUCUACCUGCCGAUUGAGCCUGAGUAUGAUUAUUUGCGGCGGGAGGGUAAAAAUGACGAUGAUUUUGCUGACGAAACGUCGCGUGUCGAUGAGCUUUUUAAAGUAAGUUCGAUUGGCCAGUCUGUGUUCGUUCCAAGAGCAGGACAAGACGUUACCGAUGUUGCUGAAAGUAAAGCAAAGACGCCGAAGAAGGAUAGAGAGGCCAAACAAAAAUAUCUCAUGGAAAACAAGUACUGGAAUGAUGAAUGGAUUAAAGUCGCUCAGUUGAAACUGCCAUGGCGAGCCUUCGAUGACAACAUGAGAGCUCAGGUGUACAAAGACUUUGAAAGCAUCACGGAAUGGAUGGCUCACGUUCUCAUUAAAUCAGAGAUAGGAGAUUCGUUUGAAGCUGUAACGAGGAAGGAAAGCAUGUCAUUUGACCCGUGCAGUAACGAUUUGGAACGAAGGCAAGCCAUUCACUUUAUGAAACUAGCAUUCUUUCUAGCGGAGCGAACAGAUGAUCCACGAAAAGGAGUUGGAGCAGUGAUAGUAAACAACUGUAAAGAUGUUGUAGGUUUAGGUUGGAACGGAUUUCCAACGAAAUCGCUUUAUGGCGAGUUUCCAAGAGCCGCCGACAAAGACCCACCCGUGGAGGGUAGAGUCGAUAAAAAGUAUUCGUAUAUCAUCCACGCUGAGCAAAACGCGCUACUGAUGCGGAACACCAAGAACAUCGUGGAUUCAACCCUGAUUGUAACGAUGACACCGUGCGAUGACUGCACUCCUCUGAUUGAGAUGCAAGGGAUCAAAACAGUUGUUUUGGGAGAAAAGAUGCGACGGGAUACAAGGGGACUGAUGAACUUUACAAAGUUUCCACAGUGGGUUGAUGAUAAAGAUGACCCGAUUGUGUGCUUUGAACUUCAAAAACAGCCGCAGUCUCAGGAAAGAAAAGCUGAUGACGACUCUAGCGUUAAAAAGGGAGAAAUAGAGUCAGCUCGUAAACAGCUCUUCACAAAAACGUAA